CGCCCAGGCUCCGCCUACCCCAUCCCAGGAUCCACCGCUAGGGGAACAGCACCCGCGGCUUCGGGCUCCGCCCACUUUAUCCCGAGAAUACGAGCGCCCAGGUGCAGUACAUCCGCUCUUUCCCGAAGCCCGCCCGCGGGCUGGUCCAGUCAGUCCACCUCAGGCCGGUGCCGCGGUCCAAGCCACCAUGGAGGAGGAUGUCCCCGCAGUCGCAGUCGCAGCCGCAGCGGCCCACUACCAGCCGGCCAGCCCACCGCGGGAAGCCUGUGUCUACAACAGCUGCUACUGUGAAGAAAAUAUUUGGAAACUCUGUGAAUACAUCAAAAACCACGACCAGUAUCCUUUAGAAGAAUGUUAUGCUGUCUUCAUAUCUAAUGAGAGGAAGAUGAUACCUAUAUGGAAACAGCAGGCAAGACCUGGAGAUGGACCUGUGAUCUGGGAUUACCAUGUUGUGUUGCUUCAUGUUUCAAGUGGAGGACAGAGCUUCAUUUAUGAUCUCGACACUGUACUGCCAUUUCCCUGUCCUUUUGACGCUUAUGUAGAAGAUGCUUUUAAAUCUGAUGAGGACAUCCAUCCACAGUUCAGAAGGAAAUUUAGAGUAAUCCGUGCCGAUUCUUAUUUGAAGAAUUUUGCUUCUGACCGAUCUCACAUGAAAGAUUCCAGUGGGAACUGGAGAGAGCCUCCUCCAUCAUAUCCCUGCAUUGAAACUGGAGAUUCCAAAAUGAACCUGAAUGAUUUUAUCAGUAUGGAUCCUGAGGUAGGGUGGGGAGCCGUUUAUUCGCUGUCUGAAUUUGUACAUCGUUUUGGCAGUCAGAACUGCUGAACUGGACGUCUGGAUGGAGAAAUUCUGGGACAUGAACACUAAACUUUAUGGUACAUUUGGUUUGCAAUUGUGUUUUCCUCUUUUGGUUCAAUUUGUUUGAAACAUGAGUGAACAAAAAAAUAAAACUUUUUUUUUUGGAUAUAUCAGGUUGAAACUUGAGGUCGUGUACAUUUGCCAAGGUAGUCCCUACAACUAACAUUUGUUAAAACAUGUGAUGAUGACUUAUGCCAGUAAUUGUUUUUGUUGUGAUAGAUGUGUGGACUUUUUAUUUGUUCUGGAUGUAUUGUUUUUCUCCAGCUACAAUGUAAGCUCCUGGAGGGCAGGGUUGUGGCUCAUUGCACAGUGAAUCUCUCAUUCCCAUAAGAGGUGGCCAUAUGACGUUUGCUAGUGAUUGUAUUGCUGCCUGAGAGGGCUGAUAUUGUGAGCUGAAUCAGCAGUAAGUAUUAGUCUUUUUGGACUAUUAAGUUCUUGAAAAAGAUUGUAGCCCUCUCAGGCUUGAAUGUUAUUUAGCCUAUUUAUAUAUGUUUUGUUUUUUAAAAAAUAAAUUGAUUUAAAAUUAGUUUUGUUUUAAAGAUUAUGUCAUUUUAAAAAGUAUUUUAUUGUUUAAUGACAGUUGUCUGCAUUAUCCUCUCACUACUCCCCGCUACCCCAGCCAAACCACCUCCCUCCCCUGCUUCCAUCCCCACCUUGGUUUUGUCCAUGCAUCCUUUAUAGUUGUUCCUAUUAAUCUUCUUGCAGAUGUGUUAGAAAUGAACUUUAAUUAUCUAAUUCCAAAUAAAUGAUGUUUGGCAUUAAACCAGCA